UUCCCAUUGGUGUCCAUCUGAAAGCGCUAGAAACCUGUGAGGUUAUAUUUAAAAUAAUCGGAAUCAAAUGGCUGGCCAAGGACUUAUUCUUUUACAGCUCGGGCCUGUUUCCCUUGCUGGGAAAUGCGGCUAUGUCUGUGAAGCCUGUACUACUUGGGCUAUAUGAGAAAUACUACCUCCCAUUGCACAAGUCCCUGAAUCCCAGCUUGCAAGCUUUCAUCACAGGGCUGCUACCAGGGCUGGAGGAGGGAUCAGAGAUUUAUGAGAGAACGGAUGUCUUGCUUCAGAAGUUAAUGCUGGUGGUCGGCCAGGAGGUUUUCUAUGGAGCUGUGUGGGGCAGUGUCAUAGUCAGCCCUUCUAUACGCCUUCCAGCCUCGCUGUUUGUUGUCAACCAUAUAAAUAGAUCUGCGUUCAGGACAGAGCAGAAGUACAUGUUUGGCACAGACCCUCGCCUUGCGGUAAAAGCAUUGUGUGCCUCAGUGCAAGAUUCUAAUGUUCUUGUACAGCGCAACACUUUAGAAAUUCUGUUCUACUUUUUCCCUCUCUGCUCAUGCCUGGAUCCCAAUAAUUGUGUCGUCCGAAUGACGAGGGGAGACAUGGUACUUGUUCUCUCUGCGGCUCUGCACACUGUACUGAGAAGAGACAUGUCCUUGAACAGACGUCUGUAUGCGUGGCUCUUGGGGACUGAUAUCAAAGGAGACCAUAUGACUGCAGAUGCAGACUUCUCCUCUUCUCCUGAAGACUGUGCCAAGACUUACUUUGAGAAACAUUCCAAGGACUUGUUGGUUCGAGCACUGAUAAGAACUUUGCAGCAAGUGAAUCCUGAGCCAGAUCAAGAACAUGGACCUCAAGCACAUCAGAAGCCCUUUCGCAUUUUGAUAAGUUUGCUUGAUAAACCUGAAUUAGGCCCUCAAGUCAUUGGGGAUUUGCUGCUGGAAGUUAUCAGAGCUUUCUACUCCAUCUGCAAAGAAAUGCUCGAUUCUGAUAUCCAAUCAAACCAGAAUGAAAGUCUGCUUAUAAGCAAAAUGAAAGAAAAUAAAAAUGCUUCCGAAGUAAUAAAGACGGUGAACGUGUUGAUCAGCUCACUCAGCACGGACUACCUGUGGGAUUAUUUAACAAGGCUUUUUGAAGACUGUGUCAGGAACCGAUCUCGACCAGUAAAUCAUAUGGUGGACGACAGUCCAAGUUCUCCUGCAACUGUUCAAGAGCUCUGCUGUCUGCUCGUGUUCCUCUUGGAAGUCAUUCCACUGGAGCUGUAUUCUGAAAUUCAGACCCAGUACCUUCCACAAAUGCUGUGCCACAUUGUUCAAUGUUCGAUGGAGCACAUGGAAAGCCUGAGUCUUCAGGAGCUCACCAAGUGUCUGAAGAUGUGCUACAAGGUUCUCAGCAGAAUUCAGCUGCCUGCAGCAUUCAUGGAAGUUGAGGCGCAGAGUGAACAAGAAACUGAGCUGGAUCACAGGAAACCAGCUGAGAGUCCUUUACAGGAGGAAGUUAGUGCAACAGUAUCUGAUGCAGAACACAGCCCAGAAGACAGAGCAGAUCCAGUCUUCCCUUCGUUGCGAUCUGAGGACAGUGGAAUCGGAUUGAGUGCAGUGUUGUCCCAGGACCAUAAUCGCAGAAUAUAUUCUGACCGUGGCAAUGUGUGGAAGAGCAAUGGAAGCAUUCAGGUAUCUGUGCAGAAUAUACAGCAGCUCCUGGCACACUUCACGUUAAAAUCUAUCUUUGGGACCAGUUGUCAGCUGCAGGGUGUGGUGGGGGAGGACGACAAAAUGGACAGCAAGGGAGGAAAGAAGACGUGGGACAAAAAGCAGAUUACCAUGCCUCAGUUCAAACAAAUGUUGUCUGAUUUCUUCACCGUCCGUGCCUCAACGUUAAAACCGAAGAAGCGACAGCGAGGUUUCUUCGUGCAGUUUGACAGUGAGAAGUGUGUGAAGGGUAAAGAGAAUUGGGACGUGGAUCACAUGUUGCAGGAAGUGGAUGAAGUGACCGAGGACUGCAGACUGGCAUUUGCUGCCAGCUGCCAGCUUCUGCUGGAGUGUAGCAGCUUCCCUGUGUACCUUUCUUUCAAAGAGAUUGAAACCUUCUACGUUUCUGCAUUCCAGGAUGUUGGUGAUGGGGAUGGCUGCCUUCCUCUCUGGUUGAAGUCACUGAUGACUCUGUCUUGCUGUAUCAGUGAUUGCCAUGUGCAAAAUGUAGCAAUUUCAACUUUGCUGGAAAUGAUCAAUCACUCUCACUCAUUGGCGCUAGUCAUCGAAGACAAAGUCAAGCGUUACAAAAGUUCUGAAUACAGAACGUUCCUGGGAAAGUUGCAGAUGAUGACCAUACCACCCAUCACACCAGCAACAUUGAACGUUAUGGCUGAGAAGACCAAUUUCUAUCAGAGAGUUGCACAUGUUCUAUGGAAUCAGCUCAAUAAGGAGAGCAGGGAGAAUCACAUUACCUCUGUUGAUCUCUUUUAUAAAUUACACUGCCUUGCUCCAACUGCUAAUAUUUGUGAGGACAUUAUUUGUCAGGCAUUGCUUCACAAAAAUAAAGGAAUCCAAUUGGAAGCACUUUUUAGGUUCUCCGUACUGUGGCAUUUAACACGGGACAUUCAAGGCAACAGAACGUCCUUCUGCAGUCGUUCGUUUGAUAGGAGCCUCUUUGUAGUGUUGGACAGUCUGAACUGUUCAGAUGGAGCAAUCAGUGCAGCAGCGCAGGGUUGGCUGGUCCGGGCUCUCUCCCUCAAUGACGUUGCUCGGAUUCUAGAACCGGGCUUCCUGUUGCUUCUUCACCCGAAGACACAACGCACUUCCAUUCUGUGCCUGAAAAAGAAAGUUAUGGGAGAAGAUAUCAAGUCUUUGUACAACAGGGUGUCUGCCUGUCCAAAAGCAUUUAGUACACCACUGGAAAUGGUUGAAACCAGUUCGGAGGACAGCUGUAUAUUCGCUCACGUUUCAUCAGUGGACAGGGAUGGUCUCUGGGCUGAAGUGGAGGGAGAGCCUGAAAGAUCAGCCCUUCAUCGAGAAGGGUCGAGGAAAAAUACUAACCGUUCAUUUAGCGAACUGUGUCAGAAUGUCCCUCUGGAAGACAACAAGGAUAGCAGCGAGCACACAGACUCGAUCGAUACCAGCUCAGGAGCAGUCUCUUCAGGAAUCACUUCCUCUGUUUCGCCACCAACCCCAGAGCAUCAAGAUACCAUGGACAACACUGAGGAAGAUGAGUUUGGGUUACAAGAGAAGGCUGGCAUGGACAAGAUGGCUAAUAAUGGUACUCAGCCCAAAGCCCAGUUGAUACUGGUUCACACCGACUCUGAAAAAACGCAAAUGUCACAGUCCCUAUCCAGUGACGAAGAGGGCAUAGAUUUGGAACUGCAAUUAAUUACUCGAGAAAAGCUCCUAAAACGGCAAGAGAAGCAUGCCUUUGUGGAAGCUUUGUUCAAGCAUGUUUUGUUAUACGUACAACCUUAUGAUUCGAAACGGGCACUGUCUGCUUUUUCUGUCCUAGAAGCUGUGUUGAAAACUACUCCCAAAGAAUUUAUUGAGGCACUGUCUGCCUCAUGUAUGGAUACCAACUCCAGCAGUCAGCUCAGUCUGAUACAUAACCUCCUAGCUCGCCACCAGGAGUCCCUCCUGGGUGUGGAUUUUUACAGGAAGCUUUCUGCUCAGGCAUUGCCUGCAUGCUACCACCAUUGCUCCUUCAUUGAAUUGCUCAUUUGCCUCUGCCUGAAUUUCCUGACAUCCUAUUACCUGUGCCGGAUGAGGGUGAAUCACAAGGAUCUGCUGGGAAACAGGGAUGUUCAAGUGAAUAGUGUCCAAGUCCUGAUUCGGAUUGUAAUGCAGCUGGUUGCCAGUGUCAAGUCAGCUGAUGCCAAGGACAUUGACCUCAUUAGCGCCUUGUUGACCAAGUGGAAGGUUCAGAAAAUAGUGCUGCUUUCCCUCUCUGCUUCCAUGUACAUCAGUGAGAAGAGCUGCAGGCUCAGCUUUGCAGAAUCCAACGAUGAAUCCAUUGAAGAUGGCCUCUCUGAGGAAAGCCUCAUUAACUUUGGCCAGGACCAGAUUUGGAGCGAGCACCCACUGCAGAUCGAGCUCCUGAAGUUACUGCAGGUCCUGAUUGUGCUGGAGCACAUCCUCGGUCAGACAGCUGCUGAAUACAAGAGCUUUUCUGACCUUACCAAGGAGUGGCACAAGAUCAUGAGCUUCCAGCAAUCAAUCACUGCUAUGGGUUAUGUAGAAUCUCAGGCCAUCACUGCUCAGGGCAUGUUUGUGUCAGCAGUUGUUAGAGCCUUGGAACCACAGUAUGGUUGCAGCAUUCACCCACCCUGGGUGAGCCUGGUUACUGCCUCCCUACCUUACCUUGGCAAGUCCUUAGGACUGGUUGUUGCACCAUUUGUUGCACGGAUCUGUAGAAACCUGGAUGACCUUGUUCUCCAGGAGGAAUGUGAGAGUGAAAAGAAGAAAAGAAGCACAACAUCCAAAAAGGAGAAUAUCCCUCCAGAUUAUCCACUCACCCUUUUGGAAGGUCUCACUACCAUUUCUCACUAUUGCCUUCUGGAUAGCUCCGCACAGGCAAAGAAGUCUCCCACCACAGGUGAUCCCACAAAUAUGAAGAAUGCUAAGAAUGCCAUCCUUGAAGAAUUGCCUUUAAUCGUCAACUCAACAUCUCUUCUCUGGGGUGUAGUUCGAAGAGAAGAAUCUCAGAGAAAGCCCAUGAGUUCACUUGAUGCUACAAAAGCCUCAUCUUCUGUUUAUUUUAAAUCAACAAGAACCCUUAGACAGAAAAUUCUGGAGCUCCUGAAUCCAUUUGCUGCUCAGAUGGGUGUCCACCUGAUGGCAGCUGUGGCAGCAAUUUCCAGCAGCCAUGGUACUUUGCUUUUAUCUGAGGAUUUUCCUGUUGUCCAGAUAACCUGUUCGUUCUCCCCACCCUCUGCUGUGGUAUCGACAGCAGUCGCCUCUUUAUACAGUGUGCAGGCUCUAACCUUGUUGGCUGAGGUACUUGCGCCCCUUCUCGACAUGGUUUACCGCAGUGAUGAAAAGGAGAAAGCAGUACCUCUCAUUUCACGGCUGUUGUACUACGUAUUCCCAUACUUGAGAAACCACAGUGAGUACAACAUUCCAAGUUUUCGAGCCAGUGCCCAGUUACUGAGUAGUUUGAGUGGUUAUGCUUACACCAAGAGAGCAUGGAAAAAGGAAGCCUUUGAUCUCUUCAUGGAUCCACUCUUUUUCCAGAUGGACUCAUCUUGUAUUAACCAAUCACCCAAGAAAUGUGGAAUUUCAACUGUAUCAGACAGUACACAGAACGAUUAUCAACGGGAUGACAGACAAAGAAGCAGCAGGUGAUGUGCUACCUCCAACUGCAGACAGUGAAGAUGAAGAGGAUCCAUACAAUGACAUCAUUCAUCCGGAUGAGUAUCAAGUUUUAUUCAGUGCUGAACAUGUUGAACAGUGUGAUUUUGCAGGAUUUUACUGGACUUUUAUAUUGGGCAUGUUUAAUUUAAGAUGCAAUUCUAAUUUAAAGCCGUACUAUAUUUCUA